UCUUGACUUCACAGUUAAGUCCUGCUAGCGCCUUGUCAACAUCUUGUCCUCAGCAGAAAAGAGAGAAACUGAAAAAAUUUAGGGCCGAUUUCGUUUUUUUUUAAGUAUUGAUCUACGAUAUUAUGGUUUGUGUUUUUCAAUCAAUAAGAUUCUGGACUGUCGCUCAUCUGAAAGCCAAUCAAUAUCAAUGUAUCUCUAUGUGAUUUUUUGUUCCAACUCCUUGUGCGGGUGCUGGCUCGGAAGUUCUAAUGGCUGCAGGAGACGUCUCUUUUCCUUAGAUUUGUCGAAUCGAAGAUGAUUUCUACGUAUAUCGUGUAGCAAGUGAAAGAAUUGAAAUAGCAUGGCAGUAGAUUUUUUUGCAGGCUGUCUUGGAGGUUGUGCUGGUGUAUUAGUUGGACAUCCAUUCGACACUGUUAAGGUUCGUUUGCAAACACAAGACUGCAACAACAAAAUCUAUAGAGGAACAUUCCAUUGUAUAUCAACUAUUAUCAAGCAAGAAUCGUAUCAAGGACUCUACAAAGGGAUGUCUUCCCCCAUGGCCGGACUUGCUGCGGUGAAUGCCAUUGUUUUCGGAGUAUACGGAAACAUCGUUAGAUCAUCUUCAUCUCCUAAUUCUCUACUGAACCAAUUCAUGGCCGGCAGCGCUGCUGGCUUUGUGCAAAGCUUCGUCACGAGUCCCAUGGAACUUGCCAAAACGCGAAUGCAAUUGCAAGGCCAAUCUGAUCCCAAUAUUAGAUUGCCCUACUGGAAAAAGAAGAGGGUUCUGUACAAGAAUCCCCUAGAUUGCUUGAUUAAAACUUUCCGAAAUGAUGGGCUCUUCGGAUUUUACAGGGGCCUUGCCACCACGAUCAUGAGAGACGCCCCUGGCUUCGGCGUGUACUUCGCAGGGUAUGAGUUCCUAACCGAAAAAGUGACCGAUUCCAAAGGAAACGUCAACACUUUGUCAUUGUUGUGUGUCGGCGGACUAGCCGGUGUGAUGUCCUGGAUUGUUAUCUAUCCGUUUGAUGUCAUCAAGUCACGACUUCAAGUCGAUGGCAUGGAUGGAGGUGCUAAAAAAUAUAAGGGAUUUCUGGAUUGCGUGAAGAAGAGUCACAAAACGGAAGGACUGACCGUUUUCACCAGAGGUCUUAACUCGACAAUCAUACGUGCAUUUCCUACAAAUGCGGCAACAUUCGCCGUUUUCACUUGGGUCUUCAUGAUAUGCGAUUCCUCUGUCAAUGCCAAACUUGAUGUUGAUGAAGCCAAAAGUGUUCUGAUGCUUGACAAAGAUAUUCAAACUCUUACUUACUGAUUUCGAUGCAUUUUUAUGGCAUUCCUUUAGAAACUGACCGCUGCAUCGUGAUUAUGUAUAGUGUAAUUUUACAGACUACGUUGAGAUAUUUUAAUUCAUGACUUUUUGGAUUUUACCUCAGUGUGGGACUACCAAAAAUGGUUUCCCCAUUCAGAAUUGAAGCGUGUGCAUAAAAUUGAAUGAUAUUUAUUUUCCUGGACUGAAUGUUGAACCAAUCUCGCAAUGAGCUUUGGUGAUGUUAUUCUGCAAAAAGUGAAU